AGAGCAUACGUUUGUAGAUUUUACAUAAUAGGUAAUAAGUAUGUUACUGAAAAUAUUUAGAAAUUAAUACGUUCCCGUUAUAUUAUUUUAAAACGUUAGUAAUAAUGAAAAUUUUAAUUUUCCUGAACAUGGUGUUUCUACUGGCGGAAUGUGUCGACCGUAUUGAAGAUUUAAGAAAAAGAAACGAAUUAACUUCGAUUCAAAAACGUAACUUUAUGGCAAUGAUUGAAGAAAAUAAGAAUAUUCAUGAAAUAAUCAAUAACAAUCCUAUUAAAACAUCGUAUUUGUACAAAAUUGAAGAAAACGAAAGGGAAAAACCAUACUUAAAGGAGAUAAAAAAAACCCUAGACAAGGUGAGUUACGUCUUUUUGAAUGAAAUAUAUUUUUAUCUACUACAACAUAUGUAUUUGCAUUGUCAAGUCUCAAGAUAUCUAAUAGACAUUAGUCUAGAUUCCAACAAAGAAAUAUCACCAGAGGAAGUAAUUAGGGCUAUUAAGCUCAUGAAAGAUCAAGAAUACUGUAUAUUCACGUAUAUAUACGAUAGUGGAUUCGAAUUCGAACUAACACUAGAUGUUAUGUUUUAUUUAAAAUCAUUUACUGAAACCGAUCUUUCUGUAAUAAAGGAACAGUUAAAGAAUUCUAUGGCCAAUAUUAAAUUGAAUAAAUUAUUCAAAGAAUUAAAUUCUGAUAUAAAUAAAAGUUUGGGAGACUUGACACAAACUUCAAACGCUGACAAGUUGGAGUUGUUCGACAAAAUAUUGACCAAAAUCAAACAAGAAAUUUUGGACUCCUCGAACAUGUUUUGUAGCACGACCAAUCCGCCACUAAUCAGUAAAAACAUGUUCUACACUUUAGGAUUAAAUAACACCGGUUAUUUUAUUCGAUAUAUUUAUAUAACUGAACAAUUUUACGUGAACGUAAGUAUUUUUGUUGUUUUUCGUUUAUUUUUUUUUUUUGUGUAAUUUUGUUUUAAUAAUAUUCAUAAUAUAACGAAGACGCUCGCUGGCCAAAUACGACUAAAUUUAAUCUGACCGCCCAUUCAUUGUGCUGACUACAUCACCGUCGAAACCAUUAACAAAUUGUUUAUUUUACUUUUAAAUUGCAUGCUAUUUAAAUCAUUGGGAGACUAAAUUAAACAUUUAAGUGUUUAAGCCUCACAAACUUCAUAGAUAGCCUAGUUGGACUAAUACACACAAUAAACUAAUUGUAGGUGAUGAUUUCGAAUAAAAUAAUGAAACAACAAAUACAACUUUCGAUAUAAUGUAAAAAAUAUCUGUAAAUAAAAAUUAAACAUGAAUUACCUUAGGUAUUAAAUAUUGUGGGCUAUACAUAAAAAAGUCGAGCAAUGCGUGAGCGGCCAUAAUAUACUAUAAUAAUUCCAAAUGUCAAUUGACUGAAAUUAUAUUUUUUAGUUAUUUAAUUUAAAUUAUUAUUUUUUUUUUAGUUUUCGACUGUCAAUGGUCAUAAAUUUCCUUUGAAAAAAAUUCGUAUCGAUUCCUGGGAUUGUAGAAAAAUUUUGGUAACUAGAUAAUUUUAACAACUCUAUUAUAUUUAUAGAUAAAAAAAAAAAAAAUUAUUAAUUUAUAUGAAUUAUGUUUAUUUUUAAAAAUUGUAUAUUGUAUUAUUUAUUAAAUAGUUAUAACUUUAAUCUAGUUCAAGUUGUUAUCAGAGAGUGAGAUAUAUUUAUAGUUGUAAAGUUUUAUCUCUGAAAUCUGUUGUGCGUAUGAAUUAAACAUAUUUGUUUUGGUAGCACUGAAUCAUUUAAAAAAAUAUAUAUUAUUCAUUAUUAAAUUGUAUGUUCUUAAAUAUUUUAAUUAUAAUUAUAACUGGUUGGAUUAAUAUUAACCAUCGAAUUAGUUCAUAUUUGGUUGUACUACUAAUGUACAUGCCCACAUUUUGUAUUUAAAAUUCCACAAGAUAAUAGUAACAAUAAUAAUAAUACUAUUUAAAAAUCUAUUUUUUUCGGUGUUAGAAAACCGUGUCGGUUUACACGCGAUGUGUUAAUUGAAUUAUAGAAAAUAUCAUAAUAAAUAUUGGUUUCGUUUAAAACGACGUUUUUACAGUUAAUAUCAAAAUUAAUAUUUAAUAAACAUAUCGUGUUAUGUUACGAUGAAUUUCCAAUUGAUUCAUCGAUAACUUAUGAUUUCAUUGGGUUAUGUAAGUACGUUGACUAAAUCUAUUGUGUUAAAUUGUUAAAUAUCAUUAUAGUACACAGUUAAAAGCUACAUUAUCGUGAUGAUUGAGAAAUGCAUUUUCAAAACACUUUUAUUUAUCUAGGUACACAAAAAAAAAAAAACAUAUUCUUCUAUGAAUUAUAAUUAUCUUAAACAAAAUUAUACUCUAGGAAAAAUUUGCCUUUAUUACAAUUACCUUUUUUAAAUAAAAAAUGCUGAUUUGGUCAAAAAUAUUUUAAGUACAUACAAAUCUACCGAUUAUGAUAAUAUUAUAUUCCUCUUUAUUACUAAAACAGUCCUGAUUAUAAUUUAUUAUAAGCAUUCCUAAUUUUAUAUAUAAAAAAAAAAAAAAAAAAUUAUGAUCAUAAUGAUAAUAAUAACUAUAUUAUGUAUUCUAAAUUGUGUUUUAAAAAUGUUGUUUGUAUAAUAGGAAACUGAAGAAUACAAAUUCGAUAAAUACAAAAAAGAAAGACAAGUAAUAUUCUAAUAUUCGUUUGACCGUCUUACAUUGUGAACUUUGUUAUUCUAAUAGUAAUAUUGUUUAUGAUUAAAAUUAUAUUAAAGUUUAAACCUUGUAUACCGAUUAAAAAACAAAUUAUAUUAUAAUGCAGCCCUAAAAUUGUAAUAAAUUAUAAAUACAAUAUAAAAUUAAAACCAAUGAAUAUUAUGAUAUAAUACUAGAAAAUGUAAUGAAAUAAUUCAAGUACUAUAUAACGGUGAAAACAUUAUGUACACAUCGGAGUGGCGUAGAUUGGGUAAAAAAAAAAAUAUGUUUUUGUUAUGUUUAUAAUGAAGAUAAACAAAUAUUCAGUGCAUCGAUAUAAAAUCAUACUGAAAUAUCAAUAAAUACGAAAUUGACUGUGUGGAUAUGAAUAUUUUGCCACUUUGAGAUUUUAGAAAAAUAAUCAAUUACGAAUUCGAGACUAAUUUGUAUGAACGAUUUUUCAGAUUUGUUAAUUCGUAAUUCUAAAAUUAUCACUCAUUUCAAAUUUUUUCGUGCUUAGCAACUUACAUGAAUAAAUCGAUAAUAAUUAUAGGUGCCUAAAUAGUAUAAUAUAACUUAUACCAGUUGGUUUAAUUAAGUGGUAAACUCAUUAACUCGGAAAAUAUUAAAUUUUUUUGAAAUUUGUUUUCUAGAACAAUUAAAAAACAAUCACGCUUUACGUGUACAGUAAUAUUUAUUUUUCUAUAUAACUACAUAAUAUUAUGCGAAUGAAUUAAAGACAAAUUUAAUAAAUAUUUUGAUAAAAAAAAAACAAUAUUUUACACUUCCAAAUUUCAAUUGACUAUUUUGAUGGAGAACUUAAUACCUAUUAUUAUUUAUAAAAAAUAUAAAAUUAUAAAUUCGAUUAAUAGCAUUUACCCGUUAAUUUAUUAAUCAUUAACCUUAAACAUGUUUCACAAACAAAAAAAAAAAUUAUUUAAUUAAUUUGUGUAAUUUUUUUUAUUUUUAAAGGGAUCCACUAGCAAAUUAUCACAAAUUUUAUUUUCGGUAAUAUGAGUUGGUUUAUUUGUUUAUAAUGUAUGAUAAAACAUAUUUCUAAUAAAUUAAUUUCCUCACAAUUAUAAUUUUUUGUUUUUCAAAUUGCAUUGGUCGUGAGCGGAUAUUUAUUCUUAUGAAUUUUCAACCGUGGCGUGUCCGAUAUUUUUCAACGGGAUGAGAUACAGCAAAUAAUAAUCUUGAAUAACUAGACGAUAAUCUUCUUCUCUAGCUAUUAUGACUAGAAGUUCAAAGUUAGGUCCAACAAAAGUCAAUUUUUAAUCAGUUGCUUGCAUUGAAUCAACGUUUUAUUUGUGAUUUAGCUGAAAUACAUAUAUUUCAAGAUUAAAUUACUAAAUUAAUACUUAUAAUUGUUGUAUUUUUAAUGUAAUGAAUGUAAUAUAAUUAUUAACGUUCCUUACUUGUGUACGUCACUGUUGAUUACAUAUCUGCUCAAUAACAAUUUUUUAUAGAGUACCUAUAAAUAGAAAUACAAAUAUGAUAUUUUAAAUGUAUUGAUAUAAAAUAAAUUGCAGGUCAAGAACCAGGUGAAUACACCAACGUAUGAGGCUUCAUGGAAAUGGCCGGACCCAGAAACCAAUAAGUCCCAAAAUAUAAAUAACUUGGUCGGAUUACAGGAAAAAUUAAAAACAGACCCUUAUUACUUGAAUAUCGUGAAAUAUGACAAUAUCUUGGCCGACGUGAUGAUGUACGUCGCGAUAAAAGAAGGGACCAAAAUAUUAAAAGGGAUAAAACAUAUUAUUAAAAAUCAAUGUGAAUUAUAUUUUCAAACUGACGCUAAACAUUUCGUAUUAGAUGAAACCAGAUUGUCGUUGUUACUGUUCAAAUUUGAAUUUGACGAUUUUAUCAAUGCUAUACUGGAAAAAAAACGGAUAGAUUUACGGGAAAAUGAGCACGUGAAAAAAUUCAAUAAUUCAGUAAAGAAUUUAUUACAGUGGUUGGAUCGUCCGAAAAGUGCGCGGGCCUCUAAUGAUAAGAUAAUACAGAACUGCAAAUUUAUUAACGGAGCAUUAGACGAAAUAAAAUAUCCGUUAGCAGAUUCCAAAGUUGACGAUAAAUUUAAAACUUUCUACAUGGAGGAUCCUUUAUUCAAUAUUCGUACAUUAAUCGGUCAUAUACUUCGUGAUAUAUAAAAUUAAUUGGUACGAUAUAAAAACAAAUUAUAACAUUAUAAUAAAAAUGUUAAAUACGAGUAGGUAUAUUAUAUUAUUUGUUCACAAUAUGAGUAUAAACGUGGCGAUUCAUUCAAACGGGAUAACUAUUCAUAAAACGAAAUACAAUCAGACUACUACUGCGUAUUAUCAAUUUAAUUAUACUAUUACUAAACAUUUGUAUUAAUUUACUAUAUUGCUUUAAUAAUAACUAAUUAAUAAUAUUCUUUUUGAAUGUAUUAAAAAAUAUAUAACCAAUUAUAAGUUAUCUUUUUGAAAAUAGUUAAUAAUGCAUUGGUUAUUGCAUGAUCUAUCGAUUCAAUCACAUUCGAUAUUAUGUCAGAAUAUUAAUUUUCGUACCGACUUAAAUAAAAUAUAUACCGUCAUCAGUCCUAAAUCACUAUCAAUUCAAUUCCUUUCGGAAUCGUUUUUUCGUUAACAAUGAUUUAUCGUUACUUACAGAUAUACAUUUAAUUCCUGUCUAUAUCCUACCUUCCCAACUCCCCACCUACACCAGUGGCUGCAUCCGUCCACAUUAUCUUACCUUUUUAGAAUUGAUGUUUUAAAGAGUGUAAAUCUAAUCUGAAUUAAAUCAUAACCAA